AUGCAGCUCCACGUACAAGCUGUAGCAGCAGUCGCUGCUGCAGCUUUCUGCUACUUUUCCACUGCAGACUGGCACGCCCUGGCAGCCCAGCCAUCGCACCAGCCGCCACCAUCACCACAGGUGCCGCAGCAGCAGCAGCAACAGCAACAGCGCGAGCAACAAGGAAAAAGACAGCAGCCCACGCAGGAGCGCCAGCAGCCUACAAGGGCAGAGCCAUAUCAGGAUGAAACAUCCAAGAAGAAGGACAGGCGGCAAAAAGAGAAGAAACAGAAGCAGCCGCGAGAGCCACAAGACCCCAUUCCUUAUGCCGACCCAGCGCUAAGCUCUAACGUCGACAUGGCGCCUGAGUAUCAGCCGAGACGCCAGGAAGAAGGAACGGUGUCGGAGGCGGACCAACAGACGACCACGCUCAUGGAGGAGUGGGAGAAGCACAUGCAAAACUUUAUCCCCGAGAUGCUCGUCACUUUUUCCCUGCCGGCUCGAUCUGACGAGUACUUUUACGAGACGAUUGAAACAGAGGGCGUUUUUCUACGGGGUGGCUUUUUCGUCGGCGGCGAAGAGGGCGACAGCGCUGUGGAAUUCUCCAUUACAGACCCAGAUGGCGAUCUGAUCUACAAGAAGAACAAAUCCGAGGGCCUGUUUUAUUUCACUGCCAAGAAGAAGGGAACGUAUUCCUUCAUCCUUUCGAAUCACAGGUGGAUGGAAUCAAAGACUGUUACCUUUGCCAUCGGCCGCGGAGUUGAAACAGCACUGCUGCCGAAGCACCUGAGCAACGCUGAAGAAAUGGUGGCACAACUGGAAAGGCAGCUCAGAGACAUUCAAGCAGAGUCCUCGUACUUGUGGAUUCGUCAACGGUCUCUGAACGACGCGGCUCAAGGUUUCUUGCAGCGCCUGUCCUGGCUAUCGGGAAUCGAGUUUCUCAUGCUUGUCGCAACGGCAGCGUUUCAUGCACGGUACAUAGUCGGCCUGGUCUCCGACAAGCGCAUUCUUUAA